AUGAAGUUCAACAUAGCGAAUCCGACCACUGGUUGCCAGAAGAAGCUGGAAAUUGACGAUGACCUGAAGCUCCGAGUUUUCUGGGACAAGAGGAUAUCUCAGGAAGUCAGUGGAGAUGCAUUGGGCGAGGAGUUCAAGGGCUACGUGUUCAAGAUCAUGGGAGGGUGUGACAAGCAAGGUUUCCCAAUGAAGCAGGGUGUCCUUACUCCAGGCCGUGUGAGACUCCUUCUUCACAGAGGUACCCCUUGCUUCCGUGGUUUUGGAAGGAGGAACGGAGAGCGUAGAAGGAAGUCUGUUCGUGGGUGUAUCGUGAGCCCUGACCUCUCGGUUCUGAACUUGGUGAUUGUGAAGAAGGGUGAGAAUGAUCUCCCUGGGUUGACUGAUACUGAGAAGCCGAGGAUGAGAGGUCCCAAGAGGGCUUCUAAGAUCCGAAAGCUCUUCAACCUUUCCAAGGAGGAUGAUGUUCGCAAGUAUGUCAACACUUACCGGAGGACAUUCACCACCAAAUCUGGCAAGAAAGUGAGCAAAGCCCCAAAGAUUCAGAGGUUGGUGACCCCACUGACUCUGCAGAGGAAGAGAGCUAGAAUUGCUGACAAGAAGAAGAGGAUAGCCAAGGCAAAGUCUGAAGCUGCCGAGUAUCAGAAGCUUCUUGCUACUCGUUUGAAGGAACAAAGGGAAAGGCGAAGUGAGAGCUUGGCCAAGAGGAGAUCAAAGCUCUCUGCAGCAUCUAAGCCGUCGGUUGCUGCUGCUUAA